AUGUUUUCAUUAUCUGAUCAUGAGUUGGUCUUCAUUUUUGGUCUCCUAGGUAACAUUGUCUCAUUCAUGGUGUUCUUAGCACCCUUGCCAACCUUCUAUACAAUAUACAAGAACAAAUCAUCUGAAGGAUUUCAAUCAAUCCCAUAUGUAGUUGCACUUCUAAGUGCAAUGUUACUGUUAUAUUAUGGUUACCUUAAGACCAAUGCAAUCUUAAUCAUCACCAUCAACUGUAUUGGAUGUGUUAUAGAAGUUGCAUAUCUUCUCAUGUAUAUUAUAUAUGCUCCCAGGAAGCAGAAGAUUUCUACCUUGUGGAUGAUGCUUGGUGCUGAUGUGGGUGGUCUUGGCAUAACCAUGAUAAUCACCACCUUCAUUGUGAGAGGUGACAAACGUGUUCAUGCAGUUGGUUGGAUUUGCGCCAUUUUCAACAUUGCAGUGUUUGCUGCACCCUUAAGUAUCAUGAGGAGGGUGAUAAAGACCAAAAGUGUAGAGUACAUGCCAUUUUCUUUGUCCUUGUUUCUUACCCUCUGUGCUACCAUGUGGUUUUUCUAUGGACUCUUCGACAAGGAUUAUUACAUCAUGCUUCCUAAUGUGCUAGGAUUUUUGUUUGGUUUCGCUCAAAUGGCCUUAUACCUCGUAUACAAGAAUGCAAAUAACAAAAUUGAGAACAAUAUUCCAGAGCAACAACCAGAAUGGGGAAUCACAGUGCACACUGAACAGCAUGAUUGUGAUGGCAACAAAACCAAUUUCCCUUCAGAGAUGGAAAUGAAAGAUAAUGAUCAAGUUUGA